AUGUCCUUCAGUACCUCCCUCUCCUCUAGCACCUCCCCAUCUUCCUCUAGCACCUCCCCGUCCUCCUCUAGCACCUCCCCGUCCUCCUCUAGCACCUCCCCGUCCUCCUCUACCACCAGCCAGUUCGAUCCCCUCAAGCAGCCGCCAGAAGACGCAACUUGUGUCCCAUUCUCAAGGGUGACUCCAAACUUUAUCAUCCUAGACAACUCUCGAGCCAUAUUUACUCUCAAGAAAGCUCUUAAAACUUUGUCGAAAGAUGAACAAAUCAAGAAAGAUAUUGAAGCGGUCUGUCCCCAGUAUAUAGCUCCAACAGCCCCAGACCCUCCUUCAUGUGCAGUCAACCUCAUACCCACAAACCCCAACAUACCCCGGUACCCAAUACCAUCUAGUGUCGACACCUACACCCCAGACACCUACACCCCAGACACCUUCACCCCAGACACCUUCACCCCAGACACCUACACCCCAGACACCUACACCCCAGACACCUACAUCCCAGACACCUACACCCCAGACACCUACACCCCAGACACCUUCACCCCAGACACCUACAUCACAGACACCUUCACCCCAGACACCUACACCCCAGACACCUACACCCCAGACACCUUCACCCCAGACACCUACACCCCAGACACCUUCACCCCAGACACCUACAUCACAGACACCUUCACCCCAGACACCUACACCCCAGACACCUACACCCCAGACACCUUCACCCCAGACACCUACAUCACAGACACCUUCACCCCAGACACCUACACCCCAAACACCUACACCCUAGACACCUACACCCCAGACACCUUCACCCCAGACACCUACUCCCCAGACACCUACUCCCCAGACACCUACACCCCAGACACCUACUCCCCAGACACCUACACCCCAGACACCUACUCCCCAGACACCUACACCUCAGACACCUACACCCCAGACACCUACACCCCAGACACCUUCACCCCAGACACCUACACCCCAGACACCUACACCCGAGACACCUACAUCCCAGACACCUACACCCAGACACCUACACCCCAGACAAACACCUACUCCCCAGACACCUACACCCCAGACACCUUCUCCCCAGACACCUACACCCCAGACACCUACACCUCAGACACCUGCACCCCAGACACCUACACCCCAGACACCUUCUCCCCAGACACCUACACCCCAGGCACCUACACCACAGAUACCUACACACCAGACACCUACACCCCAGACACCUACACCCCAGACACCUACACCCCAGAUACCUACACACCAGACACCUACACCCCAGACACCUACACCCCAGACACCUACACCCCAGACACCUACACCCCAGACACCUACACCCCAGACACCUACACCCCAGGCACCUACACCCCAGAUACCUACACACCAGACACCUACACCCAAGACACCUACACCCAGGACACCUACACCCCAGACACCUACACCCCAGGCACCUACACCCCAGAUACCUACACACCAGACACCUACACCCAAGACACCUACACCCAGGACACCUACACCCCAGACACCUACACUCAUCAGUGCCUGAGUGUAAGGCACACUUAG